GGAGAGAGAGAGCGAUAGAGAGAGUGUGUUUGAACAGAGAGUGAAAGAAAAACAUUGGCGGAUCAGCUGAUCGCGCGCUCCGGUACCGGUACUGAUGAUGAUGAUGAUGAAGAUGAUGAUGAUGAUGAUGAUGAUAGUGGUGGGUCGGAGCUGCGUGUCCGUGGUCUUGGUGGCGAUGGUGGUGGGGUGUGCGCGCGCGGGGCAGUGCGGGCUCGUGCCCGUGGAGCGGGUGGCGUUGGUGCGCGUGUCGGUGCUGCAGGAACCCGAGGGCAGCGUGCUGCAGGGCGCGUGCUGCAGGUGCAACAAAAACAACAACAACAACAACACAGCGAGGAAGAGCACGAGCUGCGGGGAGACCUGCGACUGCUCCAGUGGUCUGACAUCAGGGAUUAAAGGUGAACAUGAAGGCAUGCUGAGUGCAGAUCACAAAGAUGAUGGUGAUGAUGAUGAAGGUCAGAGCUCAAAGCCCUGGAUCGGAGUGGUUCCUGUACAAAUGGAGGAGGGUCAUGUCUCCAACGGCAACCCAGAGUCAUUUGCAUCGACUGUAGUCACCAAGAUGAAAAGGGCGUUGGUUUUGGGGGCAUCAGCUCUCAUCAUCCUCGUGUUAAACCAGAACACACUGAGAGAGAUGGACUUCUCUCAGGUUCUAUCUAAACCGAUCAUCAUCAUCCAGAACUCAGAGAAUGUUACCAAACUGUUCGGGGCUCUUCUUAGGGGUCUUCACGCAACUGCAAGAAUCACAUACAAAACCUUUCUACAGCACAACCUGGGUGCGACUCUCACUCUGUGGUCAAGUUGUGGUCGCUCCAGAUGGGGGCGCUAUGGCGAGUGGCAGGGUGUCGUCUGCACUGGGGAGACACACUCACCUGUACAGAAAUACCUGCAGCAGUUGUGGAACACGGUGGUCUUAAUCGCACUGAUCCUCUCCACCGGCGUACUCGUUCAUGCCCGAUGGCAAUAUCACACUGAUCAACUCACUGAGCAACUGCAGCUUCACCCCAAACAGGAGCUGCUGAAUAAACUUUCUGUGUUAAAGACCCGCAAAUACCAGCCAAGAAAACACACCGAGCCGCCAGACAUGGAGAACUGCGCUGUGUGUUUAGAGCAGUACACCACUAACCAGUGUUUGAGGGUUCUGCCGUGUCUACAUGAGUUCCACAGAGACUGUGUGGAUCCGUGGUUGCUCCUGCAGCAGACCUGUCCUCUGUGUAAACGCUGUGUUCUCAGUAACUUCUGCUGAAGUUCUGAACUCUAUCAGGUCAAACCAUCUCAAGAUGUCAAUUUCUAAAAAAAAAAAACACAUACUGUACACACCACAUCGUUGUGGAAACCACACCUGACCUCUGACCCCUGACCCCGAGGAUCUGAAAUACUUCCUGACAUUUUAAAAUUGUAUGUGACUGUAUGGGGUGUGUGUGUGUGUGUGUGUGUGUGUGUGUGUGUGUGUGUGUGCGUGCGUUUUAAGGAGAAGAGUUUCCACGCUCCUGUCGAUGAUGUCGUCAGUGUUGAGGGUUUUAUCUCUUUUAUUUAUAUUAGUUAUAAAUAUUGAAUAUUUAAUUUCAGGAGGACGAGAGCGCCCCCUGCACCGCCACAAAUCCAGAGCCAUUUCCUGUUAAAUCUGUAUAAAAAUAUGAAAUAAUAAAUAUAUAAAGAGAAUCGUA